AUCUGGAACCCGUUCCUAGUCCAAGUGUUUGGCAAUGGUAUUUACAUGCGGUUGCCUGUUGGUUGCAUCGCAUCUUAUUCCCUUUCCUCCGCAUCCUCCGGUUUGACCUUAUGUGAAAUAUACAUUCCUUGAGCCGCUGUAUUAUAUUUAGACGGCCGAUGCCCCGCGAUUGAGAAUUUGUUUAUUGGGCUCGUUGGAGCCGGCAUAGAUACGCGGUCUGUUGGGGGUUUGAUGGAAUAACCGCCAUAAUGGAACUCUCCAAGGUCGCCAUCAUCGCCGCACCAACCAAGGAGCCCCGAGCAGUGACCAACCCGAGUUCUAGCGUAGUCGCAAUAUUCGUACCCACUCUAGUGGUCAUUCUCCGAUGCCAGCGAGUUCUUGCUGCAGCCUCCCUGUCUCUUCAUAUCAAAGUCAGCUGGCUCGCCCGGCAUCUCUCCCAGGUACUUCGAAUUUUCGCCAGUCAAAUAUAUUCGGCUUCAAAGCUUUUUCGAUACCACACGGCGAUCCUAGGAAGAACGAUAUGGAAGACGAAGCCUAUCCAGCGUCUGAGGAAGAAGAUUGUUUUCGAGUUCUUCACGUUGAUGCUUGGCUCUUGUGGCAACUUACUUUGUCUACUUCUAUUCUGGCCCGGAUGGUGGUUGCUAGGAAUAGCCUGGCUGGUCGUUCGCUGGUUAACUGGCUAAUCAUUUUCGUUUCGUAAGUAGAUUCCAGUAAUUAACCGCAACCCAGCCCACCUAACAAGCGAUAUUAAACAGACCGAUAAA